AUGGCUAACCUCGAAGGAAUGGUUUCCCAGAUCUACAUGCUUAUGAACCGGCAACCUGCAAUGCAGAACCAACUGGCUGCUCAGCAGAACUCCUACGGACAACCCUCCCAAAAUACAUACAGCAACAACACAUCAGCUACUGGUGCAAAUUGGGUUCCUGUCCCAGCAGAGAACUACCCAAAACAAAAUGGAUACAGCCCCUGGAAUACAGAAUCUGUGCUCUGCCACUUCAAUGGUGUAUCUACUGGUUGCACGGACAAGAUUGCAACAUGCCCAGGUGCCCAGAAAUAUGUGGACAAAGGACUCCUUGAGAAAGACAGUACAUAUCAUGUCCUUGCUGGCAGCCAAUUUAUCCCACAUCACUGGCCUGGUUGGGACCUCAAGGAAAAAGUCAACAACUACUACAAGGACCACCCAGAACAUCGUCCGAAAUUGCAAGCAACCCCUCUCAUUGCCUUUCACAACAUGAUCAUUGAAGAUAUUGGCUUGGACUCCAAAUUUGAAGUCACAGUGGAUCACUUGGUGCUGCAUAUCCUCACCGAAAAACAUGACAAUACAGUUGAAUGGAAUGAUGAGGAGAUUAAGGUAUUAAUGGCCAAAGCAGAUCAACUCAGGAAAAGGCAUGUGGCAUCCACAGGAAAAUUUGUCAAGGUCUCCAAAGUCUACACACCAGCAGCCAGAAAGGAGAAAUCGGAAGCGCAUGUACAUCACAGCACCACACACGUUGCCAGCAUAGGAGUGGAUGAACUGGAGAAACUGGAUGCUAUACCAGACCCGCCAAAACCCCAUGCCAAAUGGCCCAAAAAUGCGGAAGAUGAGACAGUUUUGCAGGCACUAGUGGUUACUCUCCCCGAAACCUGGGUUCAAGUUUCCAGCAAGGUCCUGGCAUCAGCAUGUCCUCUGUUUAACAAGGUGCUGAAGGAAGCUUAUGGCAAGAAACCAAUUAUUCCAGAUGUCAUUCAGGUGACCAAGAUUCAAGAUGGCAAGGCUCCAAUAUACCAGAUCAAAGGCAUUUUGGAAGACAUGGACAGGUUAUUGGUUGGCAAAGACAUGGUCCCCCUCCGGCAGAUCGACUGUUUAAUCGGCAACUAUGACACUCCCAUACCCUGUAUCCUUGAUGGCAGCUCUGGUAUUGUUGGCAUCAGCAAAAAGUGUUGUGAGCAAAUCGGACUUGCAUACACCCCAGUGAAUGGAUAG